AUGAGACGGAAAAAGUCGCGAAGAGUGGCGCUCACGAUCGACGCAACAUCGUCAAAAUGCCAAAAGGACGACCAGCAGCAGCAAUCUGAGCAGCAGGAUAAGCAGGUUGCUCCGAUGACUCCACCACAGGAUCCGGCUUUCUCCGCAUUUGCGCCAGUUCUGGAAGAACCGUCUGUACGAAAGCCGCAGGUCCUGAAGCUGUCGUACUCGGAUUACUUCCAGAGGUUGGAGCGAUAUCCAACGAACCUGAUCAAGAACAUCUACAUGGAAUACCGAAGAAGUCACCGCAAAUCCCGCCCGCAAACUCUCAACUCGCGACGGCGCAGCUUCGGCCGGAUGAACUGGAAACAUUUGUGCCAUUCUCGAAGGAGGACGAUGCGAUCGGGAACUAUCGGUUCAGGCGCUUCACUUCCCAGUCGGAAAACGUCGACUUACCUUCCCGAAUUAACACCCAAUGGCCAACUCCUCCAAGCCUGUCCUGAUGAUGGCCGGCAACGAGACUACCCUGUUCUCUACAUCGCUGUCGCGCUCCAAAAUGUAGGCCGCGACGCACAGUGGAUCCUCUCCGAACAAAGGUGUGACUAA